ACAAGUAAGAGCUGAGGAGUCAGGAGUGGGGCUGUGAGACUUGCCCUUCUUUGCACCCCAGCAAGAUAAUAGUUCACCUGCAAAUUCAUCUUUAAGGGGAUGAAUAAUCAAUACAUCCGUCGGGAAGUCUUUUGCUGUGAAACGUGUCAUGAGCUCAAAAGCUUCUGGGAAAAAGAAAUUAGCAAACAGACUUGUUACCGGGAACUGGAAGAAGAUCGUCAGGGAAGGAGCGCCCUGAAAAAGCUCAGAGAAGAAUGGAAGCAGAGACUGGAGGAAAGACUGCGGAUGCUGGACAAUACUGGGGAGAAGGGAAAGCAGGGGAACAUUGUGGACUGAAAUUCAUUGUGGACUGCCUCAUCCACUUCAAAGAUAACAAGCCACCAAAUGCACUUUUCUAGGAGAUAAAACUAGCACCCCCAUUAUGUGACUUGCUAAGCAGGACACUUUGUAUUUGACCUUCCAUUUGUGAAUAGAUUUAUAUGUGAAACUUACUGCCCCCUCCCAUGCUAAUAGAGGUUAUGGAAGAUAUUAUCCAACUCACUCUUUCUUGCACAGAGGACAGGAUGACUGCCAGUGGGACGUGAAGCUCAGGUUAUCUAAUACUAAUUUUCUUGGAAUUUUCUUGAAAUUUCUUGGAAAUAGCACUCCCCCAGUCUCAAAGAUCCAUGUAGUACAACUUAUUUCUAUAUUUUCUUCUCAUUUUGAAAUCUGAAUGUUCUACCUAAGCUUAGCAAAGGCAGUUAUCGUGAUGGGAAUCUGGCUUCCCUUCAUCUUUUGGGAAAACAGUCAUACAGCCUUUUCUUUCUGUUCCCCUUUUGUGCAAAGACAAAAAUAC